UGUCGAUAAGUUGCUUUUAAUUCUGAGAGUUUCUAAGUCUUAAAUCAUGGAUUCUAAGUCUCGACUUUUUGUAUUUACGUUAAUAGUACUCCUAAAUUUGGUCCCCAAUAAGUGCAAUGCCAGAUCUCUGGAGAAAAACCCAGAAGGUAACAUUCUUAAAAUUUCAGAACGCGAAUGCAAUUUGCUUCUAAAACGCCUCAAACGAGAUGCAGACAACAAUUUUAUCGAAGACGACGAUGCGUUCAUUGAGAAUCUGAUCAAGUCCACUCUGACAAAGGAAAAACAAAAGUGUAUCGACAAAUACCACCUCCUGGAAAUGCCCAGACGAGUUACCGAAUCCGAUGAUGCUGAUGAAGCUCGGGAGCUUCGGAGAGAAGUUGCAAAACUUAAAGACCUCGUUAAUGUCAUCAAAGAUCAAAGGUACAUUUUAAAUUCCCUUGAUGUUCCUGCUCAGAAACAUGUGGACACAGAUGUGGUCCAUUCAAAAACCAGUGAGCAUCAACAAUAUGAUACUUUACGAGAUGAAAUGAGGAAGCUUCAGAAUCAGAUUGAGAAUGCUCAACCCAAAGCGGAGAUUUCAAAAUUUAAAGAUACGCAUAAAGCAGAAGUGCAGGAUAAAUUGGAUAAGCAACAAUUGGAGAUAACCAAUUUGAAGAACUUGUUACAAGGUGUCCUUGUAGAGAUGAAAGCUGUUAGGAAGCAAAGCACUACCACCACUACUACAGAAUCUCCAAAAGCUUCACAGGAUAUCACUCAGAUGAUUCAGGAGCUUUCUUUGUUGGAGAAAAAAUUGUCAAAUAUGCAACAUCAACCUGCUACCUCUGGUGGUAAUACUGAAGUGGUAGCAAUGCGACCACCUUCCGGACAACCUCCAUUCGCAAUCAACCAGAAUGGAUCUCUAUUAAGUCAAACACAAGGAAGAUCUGCUUCAGCUUCCGAAAGAGCUUCUGAAGAUGAACUAGACGCAUUACUGAGCGUACUCACUCCUGAAAAAUCCACCUCUUCUGUUGAAAGUCUUCUUAAAUCACUCGACUCUGAUUCUGAUGAUGAGAUACAACGUCGUAUUCAAACCCUGGAAAAGCAGAUGAAACGCAGAAAGAAGCAGCAGUUGGAAGACCAACUCAAGAACCUGGAGAGACAACUGACACAUUCAUCAAGCCAGUCCAUUCAGAGUAAAUCGGAUGAUAGUGAUCUAGGGGAUAAUGCACAAUUGAAACGUCUACUGGUAAAGAUGAUCAAGAAGAAGAAUCAGCAAACUGAGAGUAAAAGUUUGGAUGAUGAUGAGGUCCUAGACGAAUUAAAGGCCCUACAGAAAAGUAUCAAGAGUUUAAGCACAGAUGACGAUGACCUGUUUGAUGACCUGGAAGAGAAGAAUGGAAGUUUAGAUGUCACCAUUGAAAAACUGAUCAAUGCUGGUGGUUCCGGAGGUGGAAUUCCUCACAGAAGAAGGAAAUUAUCCCAGGCGCAGAUAAAGGCACUUCGAAGGCGUAUCAUGGCAAUGAAACAGGGUAAUUCAGGAGGGGGUAGUGAUUAUUCUGAUGUAGGUGAUUUAGGAGGAGGUACAGACUCAGAACAUAGUUUAUAUGGAUCUGGACAUGGCCAGGGACAUGGUUAUGGACAUGGAGAAGACUUUGGUCCUCAUUGGCAUGUCACACCUAUAGGACCAGGAGGUACCUAUGCAGCUGGUCAAGCAGAUAGUGGGUUCUAUGGUGCCGGUGGGCCUUCAGGUUAUGCUCACGAAGGUUUUGGGCAAUACGGACAUGGAUCAAGUGCUGGGCAAGGUGGUCCAUCAUACGGACCAAACAAAUACGGUCCUAUGUUCGGAAACGCAGACCACUUCUAUGGAAAUCAAGACAUGUACAGCAACAUUCCCACAAAUCAAUUCGGGACCCCUGUUUAUCCUGGUUAUGCAGGUUAUCAUGGUGGAUAUCCUGUGUAUUCUGGUUAUCAAGGAGGUGCUUCCUACGCGUCUCCUGCAAAUAUAGCUAAUUCGGGAUCAUAUGGUUCUUCGAAAUAUUUUGGUAGUGCUACCGCCUCUGCAUCAGGUGCUGGUUCUUAUCAGGGCGCUGGUGUGGCCAACUAUAAAUCGUUUUUUCCCGCGGCGCAAGAGUCUCCUGGUAGCUCUUAUCACCCGCAACAAAAUUCUGGAACGCCAGGCGCGGCUCAAUCUUAUCAAAAUCAACCAACGUCUAACAACCUGGGCCCUGCCUCAGUAACAGACCUAAAGAAUCAAAUUUACGAACUGCAAGGUGUUAUCAAUACCUUUAACAAACCAGAAUACGUACAGAAACCUGAAGAUAAAGCAAUUGUGUACAAUCUGAACAAGCAGAUUAGCGAACUGAAAGGUGUCGUAAACACUUUACAGGAUACACCUUACAGUGGUGGUCCAGGGUCUGCCCAAUCUGAAACAGCUUACGUUGCCCCACAUUCUGAUGUCUACGCACCAGCUGCUGCAGGGCCUGGUCCAGGUCAAAGCUAUUCCGCACCAGCGGAACAAGAAACUCAACCGCAUUCUGUUCCUCUUCAACCCCAACCACAACCACCUGCAGUUUAUGCAGCUCCAGCUCAACCCCAAGCGGAAACACAACCUCAAGGAGAAUACCAACAUCCCCCAGCAGCAAGGAGUUACCAAAAUUACCGAAAACGUCGUGGUAUAGAUGUCCACUCUGCCAUCCAUCGCAACGAAGAGGUUAUCAACACUCUGGGCGCACUCCUCGGGAAUAUCCUCGGUGUUUACGAUGAGAACAACAUGGUUGAAGCAGAACCACCACCAGUUUACCCUAAACCAGAAGUUCCCCGAGUGUUUGACGACAUCAAUGCGAAGAUUGCAGACGUAAGAAAACAGUUAGAUCACCGGAUGUACCAACAACGACAGCGUCUGAAUCAACCACUGCUUCCACAACUACUCAGACCAGCUCCACAACUCAGGAGUAAUGAAUACGACAGUUACAAUAAUUACGACAGUUACGACGACGGCUACGGCAAGAACAAAGAAACAAAACUAUUCAAAGUGAAGAAAGAUGAUAAGAAGUCCGAUGUAUUCGAUAAGGUAUUCGAAAAGAUUAUUGAUAAAGUACUAGACAAAUUGAAGAAAGCAUUUCCAAAAAUCAUCGAAAUUAUUUUCGGUAAAUUUGAAUUCACUAAUGAUUAUUAUGGCGACAGUGAUGGUUACGGGGACAAUUAUGGCGCACAAAGUUAUAAAUACGGUGAGGAGCAUGGCUUGGCUGAUACAUUCCAUGGAAUGGGUCUGUUUGGAAUCCUACCAAUGAUAAUCAUGAAGUUUCUAUCAAAAUUCCUCUAUAUAGUUCAAUACCUACAGAAAUAUAAAUUCUUCAAAACAUUUCUCAUACCUGCGCUUGUCCUCCUGCUAGCAGCAGGCGGAAUUAUCUUCUUGGUGUGGUGGUUACAGCCCAAUGAAGAAACCGAGUAUAAACAGAUUUCAUACGGGGAAACUUAUCCCUCUUACCGGUCAAGUCAACCAGUAGCAACGUACCAACAACAAUCUUCAAUAAAACACACACCGCAAUUACCAACACGACGCGUUUCAGACAGUUUUGAUAGAAGACUAAAUCAAGGUAAUGGAUUGAGAAGUGUUCCAAACAACCGGGACGGUUUUGAUAGAAGGAUAAACCGGUUCCAAAGAUAAUAAAACUGUAUUUCAACUAUAAACAAACACCUUUGACGCCUAGUAAAUUAUUAAUCUCAUGUAUAGUGUGAUGCUUUGCUCUAUUCUAUAGGAAUGUUCUAAUAAAUAAAUAAAUCAACCUAA